GACAACGGAUCCGGAGGCGGGCGCUGGGGAAACAAAGGAAACGGACCUGACCCACACGCCCCACACCAGGGCCGGGCCCCGGCGCCGGCGCGGCCCCGACCUGGGUAGAGGUGCUAGCGCAGAAAAAAGGCCGCGGAAACGCAGCGACACCGAAAGGGAGCACGGGGGUUUUAAUCCAGCUAGCGCACGGGUGAUUGGAGGGGUCGGUAGGGUCGAUUUGGAGCAAUCAGAACACGAAUUCCAUGAAGUGUGUCGAGUAUGACCCAAGUUUUUCAUGAACAUAAUAUAACUACCUAACUAGCUAGGUACCUAGCUAUUAGGAGGAUAAAUAUCCUCAGGUAUAUACCGAGACAGACAGGCAGGUCAAGUUGUCGAAUCCUCCGUAGCCCUCUACAUCCGUUUUCUUACUAUGCAGUAGACACAGACAAGCGCCAAUAUAGAUGUUCACCGCCAACAAUCGCGUUGGGUGCCAACGCACCGUCUCCUGAUUCUCGUCAUGUCAACCAUGGACAUCCCCUUCAUUACCAUCGCCCCAUCGGCGCCGCAUACGCACACCGUCGUCUUCCUGCACGGCCGCGGCGACAGCGCGCACAACUUCGCGGCCUCCCUGGCCCACUUGCACGACUCGCGCCACCGCACCCUCGUUGACGCCUUCCCCUCCUUCCGCUGGGUGUUCCCCCAGGCCCCGACCCGCCAGUGCGCCAGCUCCCCUGACAAGUGGCCGCAGUGGUUCGAUGUCUGGAACAUUCGCGACUUUGCUGAACGCGAGGAACUGCAGGUCGCUGGGCUCAAGGAGGUCGUCCCUGCUAUCCGCUGCAUCCUAGCAAAUGAAGCGGCGCUGCUCGGAGGGCGAUGGGAUCGUGUCGUGCUGGCGGGAAUCAGCAUGGGCGCCGCGACGAGCGUGCACACACUAUUCAAUCUAGAUGUGCUAGCUGCGGGCGGGGGGAGGCUCGCUGCUUUUCUAGGAUUUUCAUGCCGGUGUCCAUUUGCCGGCAGAACGCUCGCCGAGAUGAGGAAUGUUCUCGGGUUGGAGGGUGUCCCGGGCCAUGAUGACGUCCUUCGCAAUACACCUAUGCUACUUGAGCACUGCAUCGAUGAUCCGCUGGUUUUGGUUCAGAGUGGCCGGGGCUUGAGGGAGAUACUGCGUGGAUUCGGUGCGCACAUUACGUGGAAAGAGUAUCCGAACGGAGGACAUUGGUUGAACUCGCCGACCGGGACGGAUGAUGCGGUAGAAUUUCUGAACAGGCAUGUUCUUGGGACAGGCAGGGUUGAGGAGACGUCCUCGAUCCAGCCUCGAGGCACAUCUGAUGCGAUGGAUUUGUCCUAAAGUCAUCCCACUUAUCCCUUUCUACUUGACGGUCUCAUCUCCAGACUCGGAAAGACGAGCCACCAAGCCCGAGCAUGCUGGCAGCCGGGAACAGGUUAUGCUUUGCCUGGUUAGGCUCCUACUGGAGCUUAUGCCUUAUAAUUUUCUUUUGACUGGCCCCAUUCCAACCAAACCCGAGCUGGUGUAAUGGUUAUCACGUCAAGGUCACCAGGGAAGUCUACAGCGCGGAACUGGCCCGAAAGGGCGGAAGAUCCGGAUUCGAGUCCUGGGUUCGGGAUUUUUUUUCCUCCUUUCUCUUUUCCCCCUUAGUAAAAGGAAUUCAGUAGUAUUAUCGAUCUGUAGAAUGAAGC